CUGCCUGGAGGAUUUGGUGAUCCCCUGCUACUAGACACGGAAGCCUGUUAAGCGAAAGCUUCUAUUCCGUCCACAACCAUUUGAACCAUUUGAAUCUGAUUCAGUUGUUGAAUUAACAGAGCGGGUAUUAUAAUUUGUCAAGGUUGGAUGUGUACAUAAGCUCUCUCGUUAACCUAAAGAAACACAAAUUAGUUAAGUUUCACCGUAAGUUCAUAUCAGAAAGUUAUAGGAUCUAAAGCUCCGAGUGGUAAAUAUCUUAAGGUGGAGAUUUGGAGUCUCAGUUACCAUACUGUUUUACUCAGCAUUGAUUCCCAUAUGUAUACAUAUGGGAAUAACGAUAGUUAUUGAGCUCCUAGUAUCUAGUGUUUAAAGUGAUUUUUUUUCUCCAGACCAUUCUUCCAUAAAAUAAAACAAAAGAUCUUUAAAUGAUUCUGCACAUAGACACUAUUAGAACUGGUAAAUAAUCAAAAAAUAUAAGUAUACUUUUACUUAUACUCAUUGUCUCGUGUCUUUUUUUAACGUACUAAAAGAAAACCUUAAAUUCGAUAGGCUAUUCGUGAACAAAAGUCAUUGUUUUAUUAAAAUUAAUAUCUCUUCAUUGUAAUUUAAUAUUUAAAGGUUUGAUAAUCUAAUGGUGAUAAAAUGUUAUUGUGGAAUAAUGAGCAACGCAUGUUUUGGUGACUUACCCCAAAAUUUCUCCAAACUUUGGGGAAGGUUAUUCAACUUUGGGAAUUCCCCCAAAAUUUUUUCAGACAUUGGGGAUUUCCCCAAAGUUGGGAGCUUAGGUAGUCUCAUUGAAAAUCCAUGCACAAAUUGCUGCACACAUAUGUAUUUUUGUACAGUGAAAAUACUGAUUCUGAAGUAAUUAACACUCAAGUAACCUUGAAAUAUCCAUUAACCAAGGUGGAUGACGAUUCCCAAUGAAGCUUUUCAACUUGGCUUUAAAUUUUCAGUCCAUACUGUAUGCUCAUAAAGACCCUAAGGUGCCAUUCGGAAUGUUUUCAUAUACUAUCAUUAUUGAUAUUCACAUACUGUCAUAUCUAUUCAUUGUUAAUUUAAGUUUGAUAUUUCCCAUUUCACCCCUAUUCAGUACUAAAAAGUGUUUGGAAAAAAUCCUUUUCGUUGUGCCAGUGAAGUUUUAGUGUUUGUAACGUCCAAUUUUUUGAAGUUCAUAUGAUCAAGAUUCUAAUGUUUAGUCACGUUCUAAGCCAUUUGGUGGUAUAUCAGUUUUAGUUGUCAGUUAGGCAGUUAUUUUCAUGUUCCGUAAAUCCGGAAUUUAUCGCAAAAAAUUAUCGUCUUUACAAUCAGUGUCAAUGGUGAGGUAAAAUGUGUUAGCCUAAGUCUCCGUAUAUAAUUAACACAAUAGGAUUUAACUAACAAGUUGAGUAUUAAUGGGACAAGAGUAUAAUUUGUCGACGAACAAAUCAGAUAUCAGUCAGUCAGCUACAAGGACCAGCCAUCGGUCCAAGUUGCCACACUUCAUAAGCACAACAAGAUAAACACCGAAUUCAUGAAGUAGUUAUGUGGUGUGUGCUGCUUAUAUUGACAUAAGUAGUAUUUGAUGUUAGUCGUGAACAGAAGGUCUGGCAGCAGAGACACAAGAGAAUCGAAUAGUAAAGAAUGGAAACAAUGCAAUUUGUAUGAAAAUGCAAGAACAAUGAAGUCUGAGUCAUUUUGAGAAUAUUGAUGGACAUUUUGCAAAUUAGGCAUUUACUUUAUGAUUGUUAGAUUUUAUUAACAAGUCCUGUAAUUUUGUGUUAAGUACAUUCGAUUGUCCCCACUGGUGUUCUUUUUCACUAUAUAAUAAUAUAUAAAAGAAGGAUUGUGUAUAAGGUUACAAUACAGAAAUAAAGAAUUAGUUUGUAGAAAGAAAAUCAGAUAUAAGAUAACAAGGCCAAGGUAAGCUGUAGUUGGUCAAAAGAGAUACAUCCCACUCGUUUGUCAAAAUAUGCGAAACCUCAUAAGCCUAUUUUCCACUUUUGCUUAGUGCCCAAGUAGAUCUAACCUCAGUAUUGCUCCUUCCCUUUUUCCACGACACGCGAGUAGCGCUUCGAAUAUAUUGAAAGGGGACUUGAUCAAUCUGUGUCUGUGAAUGUCGGUACUAAUUUAUGUACUCGGUUCUUCUGUUUUAUGUAACAUUAUCCCUUGAUUAAACCACUUAAUAAUUUCAUGCCUUAAUUUUGACAUGAUUUCUUUAUCUUCCAUAUUUUCUAGUUCUUUUGUUCCACAAAAGACUACUUUGUCAUGGAUUUAUUUCCAUUCCAUUUGUUUGUUAUCUGUCGACACUAGUUCUGCGCGAUUUUCCAAUUUUUUUUAUCAUGUCUUUGAGUGAAAUAGUUGAGAAUGUAAAGCAAGCACGAGAACUGGCUUUGCUUGGAAACUAUGAAAGUUCGUUAACGUAUUAUUCUGUUGGUCUUGCUCAACUUAAGAAGUUCACUGUUUCAAUUUCUGAAGCAAACCGAAAACAACAAUGGCAAACUGUACGGCAAGAGCUUACAGAUGAAUAUGAACUGGUUAAAGACGUCAACCAAACGUUGUCUAGUUUCAAAAUAUCUGAUGAUGACUCGGGUUUGAGUGCUUUUGCCAGUCGCUAUAAUUCCCGUUCAACUGUUGAAGAGCCAACCAGAGACCCAGAUGUUUGGCCACCUCCCCCUCCUCUCGAACGAAGGCAUGGGAAUAGUUCUCAAAACGCUGGAUCAAAUAUUCAGCCAAAUUCAGUUUCUAGCUCUUACUAUAAGCCACCUGUUGCUCAUGCUCCAGCUCCCCCUCCUCCAUCCGUUAGCUCCAAGUCAUCUAAUAAUACUGCGGGAUCAUUUCGUCGCAAUGUCAGGCCCAGUCCGACGAAUCCUCGAUCUAAGGGUACCACUCAAACCUCUGGUAACGUUUCUGCUUUCUUAUUCACAUUUCAUGUUCUCUUGUUUUCUUAAACCAUUUUGAGUUAUAUACAUUUGAAUAGUGAUUUUUAGUUCGACAUUUUUACCAUGAUGUUGCAAGUUUGUGGAACAAAUGUACUUAUAUUUAAUCUUUUAUUCUUCACGUUUUAUGGCACCAAGAGUGAUGGUGAAAAAUUUGUUAAGAGCAAAGUAUUGGUUUGAAGCAAUGCUAUCCAUAAAUCGUUAAUAAACGUAAGGAAUAAGAAAACAGUACAAAUACAGUAAUUAUAGGUAUAACACCCUCUAAAUUUUUACCAUUGUAUCUUAUGAAAAAUUAAAAUUUUAAUGAACUAUUGUCGUCCUCUGGUUUGUAAGCGUAUUAUGUUUCACCUCGAUUUAAACUGGAAUAAACCCUGGAGGUAGGGGAUAAUUGGAUAUCACCAGGACAUUUCGUAAUAAUAUGAAUAAGCAGUUUUCACUUUCAUUCACAAUGUUCAAUUGGGGUUGCUGGGAAAUCCUUUGUUUAUUUCUCAAGCCUCAUAAAAACAUUAUGUCUCAGUGUACACUAUUAUGUCUAAACGCUUAUUUAUAGUUAUUGUUUAAGUUUUGUACUAAGUUUUCCGCAUCGUUUGACAACCUAUUCAACUGGGUGAUAGAAAGUAGCCAUUUAUCUCAAACAAAUCUUGCCUUUGGGUUAUUUAUAGUUUAUUUUAUUGACUUUAUUUAGCAAAUAAUCGUCGUGUCAAAUCUGGAUCUCAACCUACUGGGGAUGCUACUACCACUGCUAACAAUAACAAUGAAGAGAAAUUUGAUGCUAGUGGAUACGACAAAGAUCUUGUGGAAACACUAGAACGCGAUAUUGUUCAACGUAAUCCAAAUGUUCGAUGGGAUGAUAUAGCUGCAUUAGAUGAUGCAAAACGUUUACUUCAAGAAGCUGUAGUUCUCCCAAUGGUUAUUCCGGGUUUCUUUAAGGGAAUACGUAGACCAUGGAAAGGGGUAUUAAUGGUUGGUCCGCCUGGUACGGGCAAAACAUUAUUAGCUAAAGCUGUUGCAACAGAAUGUGGCACCACAUUUUUCAAUGUUUCCAGUUCUAGUCUAACAAGUAAAUGGAGAGGUGAAUCAGAAAAAUUAGUCCGUCUUUUAUUUGACAUGGCACGUUUCUACGCACCAAGCACAAUAUUCAUGGAUGAAAUCGAUUCAAUCUGUUCUCGACGUGGUGGUGAAUCAGAACAUGAAAGUUCUCGGCGUGUUAAAUCUGAACUUUUAGUGCAAAUGGAUGGUAUGCUUUGAUUUGAUUGACAGGAAAAUCUUCUAAGUUUUUUUCUAAUUCUCAAAGGAUUUAAAUUUGUGUUUAACCCUUUCAAAUAACUAGUAGUUUGUAAAUAAUGAAUAUGAUGGUUGGUUAUAUUUUCUGGACUCAAUUUACACGUCUUGAUUACGUUGGCGUAUGCACUUAAUUUGCUUUUGUCCGAAUUCCAUCAUAUUUUAUUUCGAGUUGCCCCAUGCUUCUUAGCUCGUAUGCAGAAUAACUUAAAUGUCGAAGAGCUUCUUUUAAAGUUAUGCUAUUAAAAAGAUUAAACCACGUACAAAUAUUUUAGCAGACGUUUACGUUUUGUCCGAAUUCACGGUACUUAGUUAAAACUUUUGUAUUAUGCAAUCAAUAAUAACUAAAUAUGUGGAAAGUAUACUGAACUUAUUUCCUAAAAUCUGAAGUGGGGAGUAACCGAUAACGACUGAAACAGGAUCCUUAUGUGAUCUUUUGUGUUUGUUGCGAAUCCAAAAGACUUAUUUAAAUGAUUUACGUUUAUUUUGUCACUUAAUGUGUAAAUGUAAGUUAACAUAAUAAACGAUCCAAAACACAACUCUCUUUGGUAUCAACUAACGUUUUCGUGUACUAUAUAUAGUUCGUGGGAUCAUAAGGUCACUAGUCUGACAUAAUGCUUGUCUUAGUAUAAGUCUAUUACUUUAUAUUGCGAAUAUUCCCUUAUAAAUUAUGGUUAUUUUAUAUUAUCAAUAAUGUUUGAUAUUGAAUACCAGUUGUUACAAUUUCUUCUAUUACGACUAAGCUGCUGCUAUUGCUUAGUAUUCUCGGACAUUAUUUCACUGGACAAGUCUCCAAAUCAGAACAUGGUUGAACAGGAACGUAAUUAUACUCCAAAUAAAAAUGUUGGAUGAAAAUAGGAGUCCCAAUAAAAAACGUUAGAAUAUUUGUGAUUUUCACACAAGAAGAUUCUAGAGUAUCCACCAUCGCUGAUUGCUUAAGAAAUAGACAAUAGCGUGCCCCGAUAUAGUCCUGCGCGGAACAUGCUUCAGUCCAAUCUUCAUCUCGUUAACACCAGUGUUUGUUGAAAUCGAAGUGUGGAGCACUGCAAUAUUCGUUCUUCAACACUAAUGGCAAUUAUAACAGUAAUUGUAUUCUAAAAUCAUAUAUAGAGUAUCUUACGACUACUUAGAAAUUAAUGUAUCGACGCUGAGAUAGUCGAGAUAAAUUUAGCCAUCUUAGUGUUAGUAGAUGGUUGUCAUUCAUCGAAGCUAUCGCUUUUAAAUUUUAAUCACUAAGCUUUGAACCCACAUAGAAGUUAAAAAUUUCAUUUUAACCAAUUUUGUUAUCUUCAGGCGCUUAAUCUCAUUUCUUAUGAUAGUUAUAUAAAUGAGCAUAUAUUUGUUGUAUUACUUUAAGUAUUCCCUGUACUUAAAGUUAUCUUUACUUCUCAAGGAGUAACAGGAGCUACAGGACAAGAAGAGGACCCUACGAAAUCUGUUAUGGUUCUUGCUGCUACGAAUUUCCCUUGGGACAUUGACGAAGCUUUGCGUAGACGUCUUGAGAAACGAGUGUACAUACCACUUCCAAAUGGUAUGAUAUUUGUGUGAAGUAUUUGCCUUACAAUAUCAGGUUUUUCGAAUUUAUGUGGAAUUUCGCGGGUAAUUCAUUUUCAUCAUUCUUUACAACUUGGCCAGGCUCUGUUUAGAGUCUGUUACAUUAGAUUGCAUUUAUUUCUAUCUAUAUUCACUUUUUCCCAUUCUACCUAUCUUCUAGACUUUGACAUGUUAUCUAAUGUUCUGACAGUUUAUAUUUUUAUCAACUGAAUAUUGUCCUAUCAAUUGUGAUCAUCUUACAAUGAAUCUGUUCUAACAGUAUGAUGUUCGCGCUAAAUUAGUAUAUACCUUGUCAUUUUCAAAUGUAUCCAAGCGAUAGAUACUUUCUAAAAGCUAGUCUUAUUGGAAUCUAUAUAAAUGGGAAAGCAAACAAAUGUUAUACACAGGUAUAUUUCAAAUGUAUUAUGUGACAUUUUGAAAAGGCUCAACCUUUGGUAAAUCCCAUUUUCUAAAAUAUCUUGGCAAAGACAUUGGGAUGCCAUACCCUAAGGUGGAAUGUACAGUUUUAAAUGUUCGAUAAUUACAUGUCAACAAAUCUGAAAAUAGUAGUCAUUCUAAUAGUUCUGUUCUAUAAAGUUGUAUAAAGUGAAAGUUUGUGUAUGUAAUCUUGAUCAUAAAGACUUAAACUUAACAUCUACAUAUACUUGGGAAUUGCCUUCAUCAUCAACCACAAAGCUAUUGAAAACCAAGGUUCAUUGUACAGGUGUUUUAGAUCAAUCUGAUUUAAUUCAACAGUUAUACUUGAUCCAUUAAAAAGUCUAACUCGUGAACUGCUAAUCUCAUCCUGAACAUGUUGCUAUCUACUCAAUAAGCAAUGAGGACUUUCUACGAAUUAAUGGUAUCUAUAUCAACUGCUAUAUUAAAAUACAUGACUUUAAAAUUGACAUACAGUUCGUUUCUGUGUUUGUUACUUUUUCAGUAAAUCUAUUGACUAAGUAUUUUACAAACUGUUUGAUUAAUAGUUAUAGUAAUCAUAAUAGUAAAAAUAUAUUGUCAUAAAUGAUUAUCUUCCAAAUGCUCUGGUACAGUUGAGGGUGGGGAAAGUUCUAUCUCCCUCUCGAUAUGCUCUUACACGAUCAUGCAUAUACAACCACUACCAGGGAAGUCCUACUCACUACCUUCUCGCGGCAUUACUGUUGUUUACGAAUUUUAGAGGACGAAAAGCGAAUGUCCGGCACUUUAACAAGGUUGGUGGAUAUGUAAGACCCACCUAACGGACUUACAUAACCCUGGUUCCAAACCAAUGGUGUACAUGGGCUCCAACAUCCUGAGAGAACAAAUGGCGUAUGAACCAAUUAUUUGUCAGCGGCUACCAUGGGAUUGCAUCUCCUGACAUUGCUCCACUGCCUUGUGGAUCAGACCUUUAGGUCGAAGGCUCCGGGUGGGGCUCCCUAAGAAAAACUACCUGCUUCGGUCUGGACGCCUGGGCAGUAUCAUAACCCUCACACAAAUCAAUGAUAACUGCUACUAACCUCAUUGUUAUUAUGUGUCGCGUAUGUAUUUGAUAUCCCCGUGUACCAAUAUUUCUGCGUUCAAGUAAAUAAAUAAAUUUACGAGCAUUGUAAAGUGAGUAAAAACAAAGUGGUAACAAAUAAUUCGAGUUAAUAAGAAUAUUUUUGAUGGAGUUGGUAAUAGUAUCAGGCAUAAGAUGUAUAAAAAAUACAUGAUUCCAGUUGAUAUCGUUUUCUAGUACAGAAUUACUGACAGAAUAGAGGUCUUAAUGGUCAUAGAUCCUGUAUGUAUAAAGUUGUUAUUAUUAAGUGAUGCAUGAUAAAAGUAGUCAGAUACGUCAAAAAGCCUAGAUAACCACGACCUUAUAUGUGUUUUCUAAUGGUAGAUAUCACAUUUGUACCAUGGAAAGUGUAUUAAACACUUUAAUCACUGAAGUUCAUUUCGGUUUUCCACAUCCCAUUUAUUAUUGAAUGGUACUGAUUAUCACCAUGUAAAGUUGUAAUUGGUUAAGAGACUACAACGUUUAGUUUCUUGAAGUGAACCACGUUAUUUAAUUGACAUUUGUUGAAUAGGAGAAAUGACGAGAAUCAUCUAAUCGUACAUUAGUUAUUUAAAUGAUUUUAUACUUUUGAACUGCUAUGUUUUGUUUAUUCAACAGAAUUCAUAAAAAUAAAUCUCAUUGACUCAAUGAUUUGUUGAGAUUCUUCCUAAUCUAUGUCGUCUUGGUUUUGAUUUACCUUAGUGACUGCACGCAAAACUCUGCUGCAAAUCAACUUGAAAGACGUUCCUUUAGCAGAAGAUGUAGAUUUAGACAGUAUAGCUGAACAAUUAGAUGGUUAUUCCGGUGCAGACAUAACGAAUGUAUGCAGAGAUGCUUCAAUGAUGUCUAUGCGACGAGCUAUAGAAGGACUCUCAGUAGAGCAAAUUAAAGGUCUUAAUACUGCUACACUUAAUCAGCCGACACGAAUGGCUGAUUUCGAAGAAGCAGUCGGUCGUGUGUGCAGAUCUGUUUCAGCCAGUGAUGUUGAACGGUAUGAGAAAUGGAUGACAGAGUUUGGGGCUACAUGAACCGCUGAUUUACGUUUACCGAUGUGGACUUAUACCAUUCGCACAUAUUUGAUUGGCUUAUCCAGGUUUUUACCUUGCAAAUAAAUGUACUUGAUUGUCAUAUCUCAAACCU